AUGGUAUUUUUGGAUGGUAUUUGUGGUGUUAUUGGUGGUGUCGGUUUUGGUGUUCUUGGUGGUGGUGUAGCUGAUCUUGGUGGUGGUGGUGGUGGUGGUGGUUUUGGCGGCCUUGGUGCGAGUAUUGGUGGUAUUAUUGGUGGUUUUGGUGGUCUUGGUGGUGUUACUACCCCCAAACCCCUUCCCCCACCCCACCCCAACCCACCCCAUUUUGGAAUUAAAGAAGCACCAUAUUCGAAGCUUUGCAGUUCGAAGAACAUUUUGACCGUUAAUGGCCAAUUUCCAGGUCCAGUUCUCUAUGCCAAUAGGGGAGAUACGCUCAAUGUCAAUGUCCAAAACGGUGGCAGCCAAAAUAUAACUAUCCACUGGCAUGGAGCGAGACAACUAAGAUAUCCAUGGUCAGAUGGUCCUGCCUUUAUUACUCAAUGUCCAAUUCGACCUGGAACUAGUUUCAAUCAAAAGCUUAAGCUUUCAAACGAGGAAGGAACCCUAUGGUGGCAUGCUCAUAGUGAUUGGUCAAGAGCCACUGUCCAUGGUGUCCUUAUUAUACGUCCUGCAAAUGGAACUGAUUAUCCUUUCCCUAAACCUGCUGCUGAAAUUCCCAUCAUAUUAGGGGAGUGGUGGAAGAGUGAUGUACAAGAGAUAGUGAAUGAGUUUGUUGCAAGCGGAGGAGACCCAAAUAACUCUGAUGCUUUCCUUAUAAAUGGUCAACCAGGAGAUUUAUAUCCUUGCUCAAGAAAUGACACAUUCAAUCUAACAGUGGAAAAAGGCAAGACAUAUUUGCUCAGAAUGGUGAACGCCGUAAUGAACAAUCUCAUGUUUUUUUCGAUUGCAAAUCAUGAACUCACCGUCGUAGGAACCGAUGCUGCCUACGUUAAACCAUUCAAAACUAAUUACAUCACAAUUUCCCCGGGCCAAACUAUCGAUGUUUUGCUCGAAGCAAAUCAAAACCCUGAUCACUAUUACAUGGCUGCAAGGGCGUAUAAUAGCCUAAACGGAGUUAACUUUGGUAACACAACCACCACCUCCAUCAUCCAGUAUCGUGGAAACUACACACCUUCAUCACCAGUCCUUCCAAGUCUCCCGAAUUCCAAUGAUACAAACGCCUCGUUUAAUUUCACAAGCAAGUUCAGAAGUCUAGCUGAUCAAAAACACCCAGUGAACGUACCCUUAAACGUGACAACCAAUUUAUUGCUCACGUUUUCCAUAAAUACAUUGCCAUGCGAAGAUGAAUCAUGUAGUGGAGCUUAUGGGGAUCGAUUCGCGGCUAGCGUGAACAACAUAAGCUUUGUGCUACCUAAUAUCGACAUAUUAGAAGCUUAUUACAAGAACAUUAUAGGGGUUUAUGGAGAUGAAUUUCCUAGUUUUCCGUCUCUUAAUUUUAAUUUUACGGGUGAUUCUCUUCCCGUAAAAUUGCUACAUCCCAAUCGGAAAACGGAGGUUCAUGUUCUUGAAUAUAAAACAAAUGUAGAGAUUGUUUUGCAGGGAACUAGUUUAUUGGGUGGAAUUGAUCAUCCAAUUCAUUUGCAUGGAUAUAGUUUUUACGUUGUUGGAUCAGGUUUUGGAAAUUUUGACAAAGAUAAAGACCCUUUGAAGUAUAAUCUUGUUGAUCCUCCUUUUCAAAACACUAUUGCUGUUGUUAAGAAUGGAUGGGCUGCGAUCAGAUUCAGAGCUGAUAAUCCAGGAGUAUGGUUUAUGCAUUGUCAUUUAGAACGUCAUGUAAGCUGGGGAAUGGGAAUGACAUUCAUUGUGAAAAAUGGAAUGGGCGCCGGGGAGAAACUUCUUCCUCCCCCUCCUGAUAUGCCUAAGUGUUAGAAUUGAUCUUGUGAGAUCUACUUUAAUGGAGAGCACAGAAAAAAUAUUAUUAUUUAUUGAUUU